ACACCCUACCUUUAAUACAAAUUCAAACUCUUUCGAAUUUGAUUCAUUGUCUAAUAUUCUUGAUGAUCUAGAUUCUAAUUUACCUAAAAAUCAAGAAUUUUCUAAUGAACUUUUAAAUAAUUCUUCUUACUCUGAUGAUAUUCAAAACUCUUCUUCAGAUAAUGAAAUUAAUCAAAAACAUGAUGAAUUUCCUAAUAAAGCUUAUGCCGAUUUAAUGAUUUUGCAUUCAAAUCAUUCAACAUUACCAUUACCAAAAAAUAUUAAACAAGGCAAGGAGUUUAUGAAUAAUAUUAAAUUUAACUUGGAAUAUAAGAAAACUAAAGUAUUAGAUUUUGAUAAUACUGA